GCUUUCACCUGCGUCAUCAUUGCGCGACGUGGUGUGCAGGACAGUGAAGGACGCCGAGUAGUCCUUUUUUUGGAUGAAAUAAUUAAAAAACUAAAAUACAGGCUGGAUGUUAAGGUUAUUCUGGGUCGUGUGUGAGGUUUAACUCGACGUUCCCAACUAUCUGGGAGUUUUUAGAGCCACGGGAAGCAGGAGGAAGUCAGUGCGCCGCAGGAAUCUGCCUCGCUGUCAUGGCGUUGUCGUGUUUAACCCAAGCUCUGCGCUCCCUGACGCUCUCCCAGCCUGCUCUGCUCUCCUCACAGACGGUCGCUCAGCUGAAGCCGGGAACUCUGGGACCCGCUGCGGUCGGCCAGUGGCGAGGCUUCCUGACCACAGCCUCUGUGGAGCAGAACAGGACGCUCUGGAAGCAGAGGGACAAGUACACUAUCAAGCCAAUAGGGAUGAAAAAGACCGGAGGCAGAGAUCAUACGGGAAAGGUCCGCACACGGGGCAUCGGUGGAGGCCAUAAACAGAAGUACCGCUGGGUAGACUUCCAGCGAUUACGUUACGAGCCCAACAAAGAGGGUCAUCCUUUUGAGGAGAAGGUCGUCGAGGUGCGAUACGACCCCUGCAGGUCGGCUGAUAUUGCUCUGUUAGCGGGAGGCAACCGCAAAAGGUGGAUCAUUGCAACAGAGAACAUGCAGGCCGGAGACAUCAUCAAAACAUCCGGCGUGAUCGGACGCAUGGCAGUAUCGGCAAAUGAAGGGGAUGCCUACCCACUGGGGGCUCUUCCUGUGGGGACGCUGGUGAACAACCUGGAGCUUCAGCCAGGCAGAGGAUCGGAGUGCAUACGUGCUGCAGGCACAAGUGGCGUCUUGCUGCGUAAAGUAAACGGGACUGCAAUCGUUCAGCUCCCUUCGAAGCAGCAGGUUCAGGUGCUGGAGAGCUGCAUGGUAACGGUGGGCCGCGUGUCGAACAUCGACCACAACAAGCGGGUCAUCGGCAAAGCCGGUCGCAACCGCUGGCUCGGCAUCCGCCCGUCCAGCGGCUUGUGGAAGAGGAAAGGAGGCUGGGCGGGGCGGAAGAUCAAGCCGCUGCCUCCCAUGAAGAGCUACGUCAACCUGCCCCUGAUCUCCGCCAGCUAACGCAACGUUGUCCGUUUGUCGAUUGGACCGCCGGCAUCGCUGGAAGAACGAAUAAAGACAAGCCGCUUGUACUGAAGAUUAAAAAUUUUUAUUAAACACAACUGCCUGUGAGAGCAUGGAAAGAAAAAAAAAAUUAUAAAAAUCCAAAACAUAUUUACAUCUAUAGUAAAACAUGCAGAGUAACCCAUAUUUUUAGUGGUAAAUUUUAAAAAAUACUGUCAUGUCCUCUAUAAUGGGGGUUUGUGCAAAGACACCGGGUGGCAGUCGAAGUAACAGGACCAAUGAGACGGCAUGGCUGGAUUGUGACCGCUUCUCUGAGCGUAACACUGAUGUUCUAACACUUCCUUUUUGCCAACUUAUUGUAACAGAGUGAGCAUCGCCCGCUCAUUGAUCCGGCCUUGUAAUAACACCCAAAUGCUACCUCUAGAAUUAGGGGGGGAGAAAUAAAACUGAGGUUAAAUACACUGUAAUAGGAUUAUAAUUUGCUUAUAAGUAUCAUAAAGGGCUUAACCCCCGUGGCUAGUUCCCUCGAAACACAAAUCUGUGAGGAAGUAGCUGGAUUCCCGACCGAGAGACAAUACUGACUCCUUUAAUAGGCAGACGGACAACUGGGGGUUGAUGCAUUAUUGAAAUUAAGUGGCAAAACAUAUUCCCUAUGGUUAAAAAACAAA